AUGAAAAAAUAAAAAUAAGUCUAAACUCUAUUCAAGUAUUAUCAAUCAGAUGAAUAUGAAAAAAAAUAGGAGAAAAAGCAAAUAGAAAUGAUAUCCUAUAUUAAAAUGAAUGAAGAAUUACCUAUUUUCGAAUUAAUUUUGAAAAACUGUCCUACUUUUGUAUUAGAUGCUUAAACUCUCUUGUUGCUAAAGAAAUUUUAAAAAUUAAUUUAUUUGGGAAUAAAUGGAUGGAAAUAAAAUCGUUAAUUCAAUUACCUUGAUAGAUAGUUUAAGAAGAUUAACUUUGGAUAACAAUUAUUUAAAAGGAGAAUAAUAAAAAUAAUUUGGAUAUCAAAAAGAUAAAUUAAUCUGAUUAUCCAGGAUCUCUUCCAUUAUAACAGCUUUAAUUGA